AAUGUCAUCACCGCCCGCUUUUGGUAAAGAAUUAAGGGAGCAAGAAUUUUAUCUUACUUCCGACUAUGCCCUACUCAACAAUGGAUCGUAUGGAGCAGCCCCAAAGCGAGUAAUCGCUGUCAAACACCAACAUGAAGAGGAUAUGGAAAAAAAUCCAGAUAACUGGUACGCAAGAAUACGACCAGAUUUAGAAGCUGAAGGUUUGAGAAAGUUAAGUGAAUUCGUUGGCGCUAAAGUUGAAAAUUUAGCAUUCGUUGAAAAUGCAACAAGAGGCUGUAACGAUGCUUUAAAAUGUCUAAAUCUCCAAGCUGGUGACGGUAUACUUAUAAAUAACUUUACAUAUCUGGCAAUACAGAACGCUGUCGAAUAUAUUAAAGAUUUCAACGGUGUAACCGUUUUUAAGAUUGAGUUAAAAUUUCCUUUGAAUAGUUUUGAAGAUUUAGUAAGGACAUUCACAGAGUUUUUGGAUGCCCACACCAGCAUAAAGGUUGUUGUUUUAGAUCAUAUUUCUUCUAUGCCUUCCCUUCUAUUUCCUGUGAAACAACUUGCUGAAGUAUUUCGUGCAAGAGGCAUAAAGACUAUCGUUGAUGGGGCUCAUGUUCCUAAUCAAAUAGAUGUUAAUAUUGAAGAUUUAAAAGUUGACUUUUACAUAGCUAAUCUUCAUAAAUGGACAUUCGCAAGUCGUGGUUGUGCUUUUAUUUAUGCUGCAGAGGAAAUGCACAACACCGCUAAACCUGUAGUAACCGCCCUUUACAAUUUUGGUUUCCCAGGCGAUUUUACAUGGCAAGGAGCAAGAGAUCAUUGCACUUAUUCAUCAGUUUCUGAAGCUUUCAAUUUCAUAGAAUGGUUGGGUGGAAGGACAAGAAUUGAAGAAUAUACUAAAGAUUUGGGAGAUUGGACUGCAAAUGAAUUAACAAGUACAUGGCAAACUGAUAUGUUACCAAUUGGUAAUGAAUUAGUGCCUAACUGCUUGAGAACUAUUAGAAUACCAGACACGAAGGCUUUUCCAAAGACUCCAGAAGGAACAAGCUUAUUGGUAACUGCACUGAGGGAGCUAUAUAAGAUAAGAGCAAACAUAGGAUACUUUAGAUCUUUGAACAACAUGUACGUUCGUGUAAGCUGUGCCGCUUACGUGGAUAGAGAAGAUAUUGCAAAAUUUAGAGAUGCAAUGAUGGAACUAAAAGAUUUAGAACCAGAAGAUCAAAAAAUCAUUGACAUGAAAAACAUCAAGGAGGACCGAAGUUUAGAUGAUUUUCUUUACGAUUAA